CCGAUCAUAACCUGACUUCCGUACAACAUCCCUAUUCUUCUGUCCUGCUUAGUCUGAUUUCUGCAGCUUGAUUAGAAUACGGGUUCGCGGCGUGCGAGGGUUCUAGAAAACAGGCUCUGUUCCGGCACCCGGUCCCGGGGCCCGCCACGCUCGUGCUAGGCCACAUAGAGCGACCAUCAAGCUGCAAGUCCAGCAGGACCAAAAUGGAAUCAAAUGGCACGGUCGUGAAAGGCGAUCUUGAGUAUGACGGUCGCGUCAUACUGUACAUCAUCAAAGCCGAUCAGACGAGUUAUAUUAAUUACAUCAAGCCGUUGAUGCUGGCCGAAGAGCUCCAGUGCCCCUAUGUGGUCUCGGUUAUUGAUACCAAGGACGAGUGGUACUACAAGAUCCACCCCGAACGCUACGUCCCCGCAUUGAAGGACUGGGACGCCGUGACCAACAAGGAGGUCAUUGUAUUUGAAAGCACGGCCUGCUUGCAGUAUCUUGCCGAGCGUUUCGAUGCAGAUGGAUACUGGAAUGGGACGAAUACAUUCGAAAAGGGAGCGAUCCUCUCAUGGACCGCAUACCAGACUGCCGGCUUAGGCGCGACUGCGAAGUACUGGCUGUACUUCCUGAAAGGGUAUCCAAGCCGCGAAAAGCCAGGUCCGCCUAUGAGGGCAGUGGAGAAGCUUCACGAGAACGUGCUCAAGCAGUGGGACAUCAUGGAAGCGCGACUGGCCAGCCCUGGUCAAAACUACGUUGCGCUUCCCGACCGCCCCACGAUCGCCGAUAUCUCGUACUUCCCUUUUGCAAUGCCGUGGAUGUUUAAGUUUCUCGGCGUUGAUGUCAACGAUUGGCCGAAUAUCAAGGCUUGGGGCGAGAGGAUGUUAGAACGGCCAGCGGUGCAGAGGAUUUUGGAGAGAGGGCCGAAUUACGGACACGAGUAGGGGAUCUCUCGGCUCCCGGCUGCUGGUGCUAUGUCCGGACAUGGCACUUGUAAUAAC